ACCCACGUGAGUACAUGCACAGAAAGACGUCGAUGAAGUGUGUGUGAGGCGUUGUUCAUUCAAGUGCGUUUUCACACUGCAACCACACCACACGCGCAUUGAAACAUGGCAAACCCCAGGGUUUACUUUGACAUCACUAUCGGUGGACAAGCAGCCGGCAGGAUUGAAAUGGAGCUUCGGGCUGAUGUGGUCCCAAAGACUACAGAAAAUUUCCGAGCUCUGUGCACCGGAGAGAAAGGAUUUGGCUACAAGAAGUCCAAGUUUCACCGAAUCAUCCCUGGUUUCAUGUGCCAGGGCGGGGACUUCACCAGGGGCAAUGGAACUGGAGGCAAAUCCAUCUAUGGGGAGAAGUUUGCUGAUGAGAACUUCAUGUUGAAGCACGGAGGGAAGGGCACGCUGUCCAUGGCGAACGCCGGGCCCAACACCAAUGGGUCCCAGUUCUUCAUCUGCACAGCUGACACUGAGUGGCUGGAUGGGAAGCACGUGGUGUUCGGCAGAGUUGUGGCAGGCGAAGAUGUUAUUGACAAAAUGGAGAAGCAAGGCACUGGAAACAGUGGCAAAACUAAACAAGAUGUUGUCAUUGCCGACUGUGGUCAACUAUAAAAGUGCAACAAAGCUCUGUUGGGUUUAUACUUACUCAACCACAUUCCUUGUGUAAUAAUUUGUACGUUCCAAACUGUCCUUAAGGACCACACUCACAAUCUGGAUAAAAUGAUGUGGAUGGUGUAAAUAAAGCAACAUGAAAGCUGACUUUGUACGUCUGCUCAUUCAGUAUCUGAUUCUUCCCUCGGUAACACCUGAUUUGUUGACAUGUUUUACCAGUAGAGGUCACUAACUCAACUCUGGAAAAAGGACUGUGGCUGUCAUGUCUGUUUUUGUACUGUGGUGGAAAAAGCGACAAGUGAAAGUCCAGCAUUAAAGAGUAUUGAUUGCACAGUAAA